GGUUCGUUGAAUGGAUCAGACAGGACUAAAAACGAACGAACACCCACAUGUCCGUCGUCAUCCGAUGGUACAUUGGUCAUAUCACCCUGUCCACGCAAUUCUCCUUCUCCCGCCAACACCGCCUCCGAUUUCCGGAACCAUCCGCAAAAGCGUCACAGUCCUCUUGACUCACAUGUUGUCAACGAUGCACCACAGCAUCGGCGAAAUCAUUCGAGCGAGGAGGAUGAGGACACCAUGAAUCUCCUCUCUAGCAGUGCCUCGGAAAGUCGGCAUUAUCCCUUGUCCCUCGAUGCUCCAGAAGUGUUGCAAUUCGUUGAUUCCCACCUCUCGAUGCGUUUUCAACAUCCCGUGGCUGACACACUCGAGACUGAAGCACAGUCACUGCUUCGUAAUUUCGACCGCCUACACAGUGUCCUCUAUAGCGAGCUGUCUGGCGAACUAAAGAAGCUGCGUGCAUUGGAAGGAAUCUCUGCAAGAACUCAUGGACGCGAUCGAAUCGAAAAAGGCACCUCCUCUUUUGGGUUCACCCGAUGCACCAAUUUAAAUGCCGCCAUCCUUCUGGCAGAACGCGUUCAACCAUUCACGUCAUUUCAUUCCGUUUCUGCUCUUCAGUGGCAGCUGCAAGCUACGUACUCUCUAAGCUACCGUUCCCACGAUCGCGAAUCCUUUCAUCCGCGCUCCCUUCUGUAA